AAGCCCGCUCGUUCGAAGCCAGAUCGUCGAAGCCGCGACCUGAUCUUCUUCUCCGCGACCUUGCCUCUCCCGAUAGCAUUUCUCCUUUUUCCUUCCUCUUCCGCGAGCACUUUCCCUGCAAGCCGUAACUGACCCGUCGCCCUCCCGUCGAAGCCGGAACCUCUCCUCGGGCUCUCGUCGAACGUGGAUCUCGUCGUCUCGCACUCCUCGAAGUCGGAUCUGCUACCCUAGCUCCCGUCGCAACCGGAUCUUCCCCCUCUCGUUCUCCUCGAAGCCGGAUCUUCUCCUCUAGCCGCCGUCGGAGCGAAAUCUUGUACUCUCGCUACCGUCAAAGCAAGAUCUUCUCGUCUCCCUACCGUCAAAGCCGGUUCUUCACCGUUCGAAGCCAGAUCUACUCUGUCUGAAGCCAGAUCUUGCGGAUCUUCUCGCUCCCGUCAAAGGCCGUUCUCUCCGCAGCCAGUUCUUCCGGAUUUUCUUCAACAAACCACAAGAACUCAAUGAGUAAAGCUAGAGAGGCUGGAACAUCGGCCAUGUGGGAUAGAGAAGUUACUAUAAUCUUUUGUGAUUUAUGUGUAAGGGAGGUUGAGGUGGGAAAUAGACCCACUACAUUUUUUAACAAAGAAGGGUGGCGAAAUAUUGAAGUUAAAUUCAAAGAAAUGACUGGAAGAGAUUACGAUCGCAUGAAAAUGAAGAACAAAUGGGAUCAGUUAAAGAAGGAUUGGAAACUAUGGAAAGAACUAAAACAGGGAUCAACAGGAAUGGGCUGGGAUCCUGUUAAGCGCACAAUAGAUGCACCAGAGGAAUGGUGGGCUGAAAAACUACAGGCAGUGCCGUCAGCCAAAAAAUUUAAAUUUGUUGGCAUUGAUCCAGUAAUGGAGGAAAAACUAGAUAGAAUGUUCACUGGGGUUGUCGCUACAGGCUCUCAUGCGUUUACCCCAAAUGAUAUAGGGUUGAGCAGCUCAGUUCAAGAGAUGGAUACCGUACAGAUAGGUGAUUCAGGAGACCGCCCUAGCCAUGUGCACACAGAUGUUCAAUCCACAAGUGUGUCCAAGCGGCCCAGGGUAGAGAAGAAGAACAAAGGGGUUGCUUUUAUUAAAGGGACUAUCGAUGCACUAGUUGAAACAUGUAAAGCUCGGUCUUCUUCUUCGCAGGACAGCUCAAUUGAUGAGUGUCUUCAGGUCUUGAAUACAUACUCUGAUGUUAAGGCAGACGAUGAUGACUACAUUCAAUACGUGAAGGUGUUGCGAGACCCAACCAUCAGACAGUUUUUUAUGAAGUUGGAACCGAAAUAUCGUGUGAAAUACUUGCAAUCUUUCAUGGACGUCUGAAUAUUUGAGUUAUUAAUGCACUUUCUUUUCUAAUCUUCUAUGUUAUGUUUAUGUUAAGCACAAUUUUUUAAUCUCCGUUGUUUAUGUUUUGGACAAUUGACCUUUAUAUGUGAUUGUUCUUUAUGUGUGUCCAAUUUUAUUAUGUAUUGUUUUUAUUUUGCCCAAAGUUCAUGUGUUAUAUUUAUCUUUCAUAGCAUACUUCUGUUUUCAUU